AUGUAUUUCUGUGUACCGGGCGCUGGCAUCCUUUUAAACGGAUAUGUCCUUUUUCGGCUUAUCAAAGUGGCCAGAAAGAGUGUUGUGCGGUUUGAAACAACCUCUGGUCUACCGCUUGCGGCGAUGUCGAUUGGAGAUUCGAUAACGUUGCUUAGUCUAUUAACACAGGUUAUAAUCCACAUCAUUCCCAAGCAAAAUGUCCCCAUAUUUAUUUUCACUGCUAUUUGCAAGGGUGGUGUUUACCUUAUCCAUACUACCUCUGCAUUUUCUGUUUGGUGUUGGCUAGUACUUUCAGUGCUUCGUUAUACAGCUGUCUUUCAUCCAAUAAAGUAUCGAACGAUAUGGAGACAACCUCGGAAUGCGUUAAAAGUUUUGGCAGUUUCAAUCUGCAUAUUUGAAUCCUGGAUAUUGUUAUUCGUCACUUAUCAUGAGAGUGAACAAGAGAAAGGAUGCUCCGAGCAUGACGACAUCGACGCGCGGAAUAUCAAGUUUGCUCAUUUGGGCGACAUUUUUCUAUUCUACGCGAUUCCAUCGCUGCUUCGCAUAAUGCUAGAUUUCAUUGUUUUGGUCCAUUGUUAUUCGCCAUUCUCGAACGAAGGUUUUGACAGACGUGAUCGGCGAUACGCAAUUAGUGGUCCUGCCACGAAAAGGUUCUCCGAGUCGGGAGAAAUUCAAACCAUUGUUACCAAGAAUAAUGUCGCACUAGCACUUUCAAUUGCGGCAACUACUCAGGCUCUCUCAAGGCGAAGCCCCUUUCCCAGAAGAAAAACGGUUAUGGUUAUCCGUUCCAUAAUAAUAUCAGUACUCAAUCUUCUUCUCAAUCUUCCUUCCCAUAUUUUGCGGGUUUGGGCAACUAUUGAUGAUUCGAGCUUGAAACAUGACAUUGUAAAUACGAUUGAACCAAUCGCUCAAAUGCUCUACUUCUCGCAAUUCGCCUGUAACGCCUUCUACCUAGCAACCUCGAUAUACGAGACAAACGGAUCUCCAAGGAAUACCGUAAUCGCCAGCAGCAAUCGACAUAUCUCAAGAUGCAUUUCUGAAGAAGAAAAGUUGACUAUCAACAAUGUCAACGCGCAUAGAAUGAGUCGAAUAGUGAUAUUUGUUCAAAUCAUCGCUAGCGUGUCAUCGGGACAAAUUCCCGUGCAUCCCAUAUUCUCGCCAUGCCAAUUCCCCUUGCCAAUCACCGAACCGGGAUAUCACCGUCAAGCAUGCAAUACAAUGUCCCGUCUCCCAUUCAUUUGCGAUCUUCAUCAUUCUCUAGCGCACACAAAUACGAUUGGAAUUGAAAAGGCAUACAAGAGAUACAAAUACGUGUUUACCAAUGGUAAUGCUUCAACAUUGGCUGUGAUUAUUGCUAAACAAUUAGAGCAGCCUGUCACUGUAAACGAUGUAAUGAACAAGCCGGAAUACGCAUGUUUGUUCGACAAUGAAUGUGAUCAAAUCGACGGAGAUAUAGUCACCGCAAUGGUCGGAAACGUGAAGAAAUUUUUAAUGGUUUAUUCAUGGAAAGUUUACGAGCGUUGGUUUGGAGCUCCAGCAGGGUGCUCAAAAGCGAAUCUAUUGGCAUUGGUCGUGAUUGAUGGAGUAGUGAAUGAUGCCCGAAAAAUUCCUUAUGUUCGGCUUCAUACUGGGGCUCCUCGCUUGCGAUUUUCGCUAUCCAAUAUUCAAAGUGAAAUAAAUAACGCACUGGUUCAAGGAUGGCCAUUGGCAAAAGUGAUCGAAGACCUGGUUGAUGAUGUUGGCUACGCAAUGAAGGAAUUCGAUGAGCUCAAUGGAGAACAGAGAGAUCAUUCAGUGCCCUUAUGGGCAAGGAAUCUAUUCCUUAUUUGCUUAGCUUUGGUGGUUACAGCAUUGUUCAUUGAAUGGUACGUUGUUCGAAGGAAAAUCGGAGUACAGAAAAGUGGAUCGAUCAAGAUUGCUUCAGCAAAAAGCAAAACUCAUUUAAUGUUCUAG